UAAUGCGGACAACUUGCCUAUGUACUGAUAUGCACGACUAAGGAGCCUUGGGGCAGGGAUGUAGAGGUUUGUGUUCAGAAAAGGCUUGCGGUGGAUUUCUGCAGUUGUCCUGAUUGAAGAGGGCGUAAAGUUAAGUUUUUGUUAUCUUUAAAAGUAAUCGGUGAUCUGAGGUCUGUCAGUUUGAGUUUUAUGUAAAAGUUUUGGCUUUAGUUUUCACUGAGUUUGGGAAAGAAAUUAGUGUGUGUGCAUGGCUGAAAUGCCCUUGCCUGCGCCUGAUGUCCCAGCCAGUCAGAGGCUGGCACUGGACUGCCGUACCCUUCUGGACCAUCGCGUUGGCAAGGGGGUUUGUGGUUGUUGCGGGGCGCUCAGGCCUCGCUACAAGAGGCUGGUGGACAACAUCUUCCCAGAAGAUCCAGAGGAUGGACUGGUCAAGGCCAACAUGGAGAAGCUGACAUUCUACGCCUUGUCAGCUCCGGAGAAGCUGGACCGCAUCGGGGCCUACCUGUCUGAGAGGCUGUCCAGGGAUGUGGCCCGACACCGAUACGGGUAUGUGUGCAUUGCUAUGGAAGCCUUGGACCAGCUUCUGAUGGCUUGCCACUGCCAGAGCAUCAACCUGUUUGUGGAGAGUUUUCUGAAGAUGGUACGAAAGCUGCUGGAGUCGGACAAACCAUCCCUGCAGAUCCUAGGGACCAACUCUUUUGUCAAGUUUGCUAACAUUGAAGAAGACACACCGUCCUACCACCGCAGCUACGACUUCUUUGUGUCGCGCUUCAGCGAGAUGUGCCACUCAAACUUUGAGGACCCUGACAUCCGCACCAAGAUCCGGAUGGCAGGUAUCAAAGGUCUGCAGGGAGUGGUGAGGAAGACUGUGAAUGAUGAGCUGCAGGCUAAUAUCUGGGACCCUCAGCACAUGGACAAGAUCGUCCCCUCGCUGCUUUUCAACCUGCAGAGUGGAGAGCGCACAGAGAGUAGCCGCUCUCCCUCUCCGCUGCAGGCAUCAGAGAAGGAGAAGGAAAGCCCGGUGGAGCUGACAGAGCGCUGUUUCAGGGAGCUGCUGGGGCGAGCCGCCUACGGCAACAUCAAGAACGCCGUCACGCCUGUCCUAAUGCACUUAGACAACCACUGUUUAUGGGAAGGGAAGACCUUCGCGGUGCGUUGCUUCAAAAUCAUCAUGUACUCCAUCCAGUCGCAGCACUCUCACUUAGUGAUCCAGCAGCUCCUCGGCCACCUGGACGCCAACAGCAAGAACUCGGCCCGGGUGCGGGCCGGAAUUGUAGCGGUCCUGCUGGAGGCGGCGGCCAUUGCAGCCAGUGGUUCUGUAGGUCCCACGGUGUUGGAGGUGUUCAACACUCUGCUGAGGCAGCUUCGCCUCAGCGUGGACUACGAGAUGACUGGCUCGUAUGACGGCAGCACGAGCAUCGGCACCAAGAUCAUCAAAGCUCACGAGGAGAGGCAGCUGCAGGAGGCUGUCAUCAGGACCAUUGGUUCAUUUGCCAACACUUUACCCACCUACCAGAGAUCAGAGGUCAUGCUCUUCAUCAUGGGCAAGAUCCCUGUCCCUGGAAUGAAUCUGACUCUUCCCUCUACUGGAUCUGAGUCUGAGGGUACAAGAAUGUUUCAGGUGAUGUUGCUCAAGUCAUUGGUCCAGGUGACGGCAGGUUUCCAGACUACCAACAUGCUCACGGCGCUGCCCAGCUCUUUCCUGGAGCCGCUGCUGUCCUUUUCUCUAACGGACGACCCGGAGGUCCGGCUGCUGGUGCUCCAGAUCCUCCUCAGUCUCAUCGACAGGCACGACAACAGGCCCAAGUUCUCCAAAAUAAGCAUCAUAUCAGACAUCUCUGUGCUGAAGCUCAAAGUUGACAAGUGCUCCAGACAGGACAAUUUAUUCAUGAAGAAGCACGGCCAGCAUCUGUACCGGCACAUCUACCUGGGCUGUAAGGAAGAGAGCAGCGGCCGGGAACACUACGAGUCCCUCUACGCUCUUUUGGGUCUUCUGAGUGUGGAGCUGGCCAACGAAGAGGUGGUGGUGGAUCUCAUUCGCCUGGCGCUUGCCUUGCAGGACCUGGCUCUGUCCACAGACGAAGCCCUGCCUGUUUAUAACCGCUGUGCUAUUCACGCCCUCUCUGCUGCCUACCUCAACCUCAUCUGCCAGCUCACCACCGUCCCGGCCUUCUGCCAGCACAUACACGAGGUCAUUGAAGUCCGACAGAAAGAAAGGCCGUACUUUUUGCCCGAGGAUGUUUUUGUUGAAAGUCCCAAGUAUGAAUGGCUUCCUUUAUCCCUGGAUAAGGUGGAAGGGGAUGUUUUGUUCCUCCAGUCUAAGAUUACUGAGGUUCUGGGAGGAAGUGGUUAUAACACUGAGAGGCUGGGAUUGCCAUAUGUUCCUCAGUACACUGAUGAGGACCGGCUGUCCAAAAGAAAGAGCAUUGGGGAGACCAUCUCUCUUCAAGUGGAGGUUGAGUCUCGAAACAGCCCAGAGAAGGAAGAGAGGACGCCUGCCGAAGAGAUCACGUUUGAAACCCUCAAAAAUGCAAUUGUGGACAGUGUCGGUAUGGAGGAGCAGGAGCGAGAGCGGAGGAGACAAGUGGUGGAGAAGUUCCAGAAAGCUCCCUUUGAGGAAAUCGCUGCUCACUGCGGUGCCAGGGCCACAAUGCUGCAGAGCAAACUGAAUCAGAUAUUUGAGAUCACCAUCAGACCCCCUCCCAGCCCAUCUGGAACCAUUUCAUCAGGCUACGGCCAAAACCAGAGUCGCUCCGUUCCCAUUUACGAGAUGAAGUUUCCCGACCUUUGUGUGUAUUGAAGCACAAAGUCUGCAGCGACGCGACAAAAUGGAUUGAAGUGGAAUCAAAUCACCCACAAUGCAUUUGGGACAAACUAAGCUGCAACUCAAGAACAAACCACCUUCUGAUUAACUUAGCUGUAGGAAAAAAAUCCUUUUUACCUCUUUGAUUGCAGCCAAAACAAGCUGAUUCAAUUCAGAAAGUGCAGCAAACAAAGUCACUUCAUUCAUAUCUGGUUACAUGUUUGUAGAAACUCCACUGGUUGGAUUUUUGAAUUAGCAAAAUGCCAAGAACUGUGACAAAACAAUGUGUCGGGUAGCUGGAAAUGUUCUGUUUUGAUGUUUUUUUCCCUCACAGGGUGCCAUAACUAUUUUUCAUCAUCAAAUUAGUUGAAGUAAUCUUAUUUCCACUCACAUUUUCUAUUUAUUUUUAUAGAUUUGAAGACCAGAGUGUAUUUUAGUUUAGUGUAUUUUCAUAAAUAUUUACUUUUACAUGUAAAACUAACCCUAUCAGCGCGUGUUCUAUUUACUUUAUUUUUUUGCCUUUUUAGUGAUCGCCAGAAGUGCUUAUUUUUCUUUUAUGGUGGUCAUUUACUUCCUAAUUCUUACUCUAUUUAUUACGUUUUUAGGUAUUUUUAAUUGAGCUGCCUACGGCCGCUCAAACAAACGAGCGAACUUGCAACGUCUUGACUACAAAAACAAAAAUCCUGAAGCGUUGACUUGGUUGUUUACCACACCAAACACUAGAUAAAUAGUUAUUUUUGUCCUUUCCAUAUAUAUGUGUAAAUACAGAGAAUUAUAUAAAUCUUUAAGCCUAUGUACACAGCAGGGAUGUGUGUAGCACUGAUUGUGUUCAUAGUCCAGGCAGAAAUUAUCCAGACACCUGACGCUAAAAGGCUGCAAACAUGAACACAAGAGUCCAGAUGAAUGGUCCACAGUAGAAACAGAAUUGUUGCCAUUACGUCCUCAGUCCUUCCCACGGCUGUCUCAUCCAGAUCUGAUAAGCCAUUCUGUGUGCACACGUGCACACGCACAGGUAUGACAUAAAAGUAUAAUGGCAAUAAUUUUGGCACAAGCCCCGCUGAAGGUAUCCAAAUCUUUGUGCAUUUAAAUUGUGCCUCUUGUUGUUGUGCUGUGAUGGCUCCGUCUGUGAUGUUUUCAAGAGACCGCACUCCUCCUCCUGUGCUUCUGUCCAACAUGCAGACGUCUUGUUUAAUGUCGACGAUGGUGUCUGGUUCUUUCUCAUCGCGCGAGCGAUCAUAUCUGUUUGAGUCUGUGUCUUUUAUUGUCGUCAGCUGAGACCGAAACCACCACACAGUUUACGGUUUUAUCCGGUGACUUCUUCCACCCGGUAAACCUUAAACAACUUCUGCAAUCCUGCAGCAGUCCCAGCUCAUUUUUGUUUUGUAAAAUUGUCUUUUCAGCAUCUUGAAGUCGGCAGUGAGGACCCAGGAAUCUAACAGUCCACGUGUUGUUGAUAUAACUCCUUUUUUUUUCUUCAUCACGCGUCUGGUUAGUAGAUCUGUUUACAGUGUAGUGCUGUUGGUCAAAUCCAUUCAAAUCUGUGGACUUUGCACUUUAAAACUGGAUUACUUAGUGACAAAAGGCAGCUUUGACAUGAAGAAAAUGCCUUAUGUGUGUCAUACCUGACUGCAUGCUACUAAUGUUACUGUGCUGAACAAUAAAUGUGUCACAAACCA